UGGCCUGUUUUGUGUGGUUUUGCACACGACACUGAGUUCGGUUUUGCCGGUACAACAGUUAUCAACUACAACUCCCGAAUAAUCAGUUUAUUAAAUCGUGCAACAAUGAGCAGUACAGCUGGACAGGUAAUCUCAUGCAAAGCAGCCGUCGCUUGGGAGCCGAAGAAACCACUCUCGAUCGAAACGAUUGAAGUUGCGCCCCCAAAGGCUGGCGAGGUACGUGUGAAGAUUACGGCCUCUGGUGUGUGUCAUACGGAUGCAUACACAUUGGAUGGUCAUGAUUCUGAGGGCAUUUUUCCGGUUAUUCUUGGCCAUGAAGGUGCAGGCAUCGUAGAGAGCGUUGGCGAAGGUGUUACGAAAUUCAAGCCCGGAGACCAUGUAAUUCCACUGUACAUUCCACAGUGCUUCGAGUGUAAGUUUUGCAAGAGUCCUAAGACCAACCUUUGCCCAAAGAUUCGUGCAACUCAAGGAAAGGGCGUAUUGCCGGAUGGUACAUCUCGAUUCACUUGCAAAGGAAAAAAUGUGUUCCAUUUUAUGGGUACUUCAACCUUCUCUGAGUACACUGUCGUUGCGGAAAUCUCUCUAUGUAAGAUCGAUGCGGCGGCGCCAUUAGAGAAGGUUUGUCUGUUGGGAUGUGGCAUUCCGACAGGGUACGGAGCAGCUCUUAAUACAGCGAAAGUUGAAGAAGGAAGCAGCUGUGCCAUCUGGGGACUGGGAGCGGUUGGAUUAGCAGCAGCUAUGGGUUGCAAGGCUGCCGGAGCAACCAGAAUAAUUGGAGUCGAUAUCAAUCCAAACAAAUUCAAAUUAGGCGAACAAUUUGGUUGCACAGAGUUCGUCAAUCCCAAAGAUUACGAUAAGCCAAUUCAACAGGUGCUGAUUGAAAAGACCGACGGUGGACUGGAUUACACUUUCGAAUGUGUCGGCAAUGUGUUGACCAUGCGUGCCGCUCUUGAAUCAUGCUCCCGUGGAUGGGGUGUUUCGGUUAUUAUCGGAGUGGCUGAGUCUGGACGUGACAUUUCAACCCGUCCGUUCCAGUUGGUUACUGGUAGGACGUGGAAGGGAACCGCUUUCGGCGGAUGGAAGAGUGUUGAAAGUGUUCCGAAGCUAGUGACUAGCUACAUGGAUAAAAAAUUAAUGGUGGAUGAAUUUAUCACUCAUACUAUGUCGGUUGAUAAGAUCAACGAAGCGUUUACUCUUAUGCACGAAGGUAAAAGCAUUCGAUCGGUUGUUAAUUUCUAAGUAUUUCAAACACUGCAUUUUGUUCUAUUUUCGUGGUGGUAAAAUUAUUUAUCUAAUUUGUUGGGUUUAUAAUAAAAAAUAACUCGUA